GGGACGCGUAGUCCCGCGGCCCCGCGCCGCUCCCGGCCCGCCGCAGGUGCCCCCUCUGCCUGGCACUGCCUGCUGACCCCCACAGAGCCCCAACAAGCCAUGGAGGGGGAGCCCACCCUGCGCCUCCGGAUCUUCAACCUCAACUGCUGGGCCAUCCGCUACCUGAGCAAGCGGCGGCAGCAGCGCGUCCGGCUCAUCGGGGACACGCUGCGCCAGGAGGCCUUUGACCUGGUGCUGCUGCAGGAGGUGUGGAGCGAGCAGGACUACAGUGAGCUGAAGGUGAAGCUAGCAGGCUGUUAUCCCUUCUCCCAUUACUUCCGCAGUGGGGUGAUCGGCAGCGGCCUCUGCGUCUUCUCCAGGUUCCCCAUCCUGGACAUGCUCCUCUACCAGUACUCACUGAACGGGUACCCCUACAUGCUCCAGCACGGGGACUGGUUCUGCGGCAAGUCCGUCGGUCUCGUCGUUAUGAAGAUCUCAGGGAUCAUCUUCAAUGUCUACGUCACCCAUCUGCACGCCGAGUACUGCCGGGACAAGGACGCCUACCUGCCCCACCGCCUGGUGCAGGCCUGGGAGCUGGCACAGUUCAUCAGACACACCUCAAAGGCAGCAGAUGUGGUGCUGCUGGGAGGGGACCUGAACAUGCACCCUGAAGAUGUGGGCAUCCGGCUGCUGCGUGGCUGGACGGGGCUGCAGGAUGCCUUUGCUGAGGCCAUGCACUUUGAGGGCUGUAAGAACGGCUGCACCCUUGUCCCUGACAACUGCUUCACUGACAAGUCAGAGCUGCUGCCCUUCCCGCUGGGCAUCCGCAUUGACUACAUCCUCUACAAGGCCAUCUCCAGCUUCACGGUGAAGUGUGAAGAGCUGAAGACCACCACGGGGCGAGCCCCAGGCGUGGACAUCCCCUUCUCCGACCAUGAAGCUGUGAUGGCAACGCUGCACAUCCAGAGGCAGGGGCAGCCUGCAGGUGCCACCCUUGGCACAGCUGACCCAGCCCUGGCAGAUGUGGUGACAGAGGCACGGGCAGAGGUGGGCGCGGGGCUGCGGGCGGCGCGGCGGCAGCGCUACUCCUCGGGCAGGAUGGCUGUGCUGGCCCUGCUGCUGCUGCUGCUCCAGGCUGCAGCUGCCCUGGCCACUCUGGCUGGGCUGGGCGCAGAGCAGCCCUUCCCCAAGCUCUCCUUCUGCCUGCUGGCCUUCCUCGCCCUCGGCGUCCUUGUCCUCGCCACCGGUCUCCACCUGUUUCACACCAUGGAGGUGAAGAUGCUGCACGGCACCGAGGACCAGAUGUGGAUGGUGCUGAGGGCCCUGCAGGAGCGUCCCAGUGAAGGCUGAGCUGGGGCUCUGGGUGUCCCCACAAUGUCCCCCUUGGCCACACUAUGUCCCCUUUUUCAUCCUUGUUUUUAGCUGACUUCGGGUCUUAGGCCAGCAGCACUGCAGCCAAUGCAGUAGUGCAGGUUUGGCAGCUGCCUCUGGGGGAAAUUAAGGUUUUUGGGGUAGAUUUAUUGCAUUGACCCCUGUGAGAACCACAAUGGAGGCAGAUUUUUAUUGCUGUCUUUUUAAACACACUAUUUUGUACAUGGAGGGACCCACUGGCCUGGCUGGAAGGCUUGAGACACUGAGGGUGCCCUUGCCUGGGGUGGCCUCAAAGUUCACACUGGUGGCUGUUCUGGCAACCAGUCCUAACUGAUGGAAAAUAAAGGCAAUAUUUUAACCUUUG